AAAUAAACUCCCCGCAUCCACGCGAGCUUCUCUCUUCUCUCGCAUUCGCACCCCCACCUUCUCUCCACGACUCCACCUGAAGCGCCUCUCGCCGCCGCCGGAGAAGACGCGCAGCGGCAGCAGCGGCGGAAGCGGCGGGGAGCCAUGGCGCCGGAGCCGGAAGACGACAUCAUGAACGAGAAGAACCCCCGCCCGCUCGACGAGGACGACAUCGCUCUCCUCAAGACCUACGGGCUUGGGCCAUACUCCACAAGCAUUAAGAAGGUGGAGAAAGAAAUAAAAGAAAUGGCUAAGAAGAUCAAUGACCUUUGUGGGAUUAAGGAGUCUGACACUGGGCUGGCACCACCCAGCCAAUGGGAUCUAGUAUCAGAUAAGCAGAUGAUGCAAGAAGAGCAACCGCUGCAAGUGGCUAGGUGUACCAAGAUUAUAAGUCCUAAUACUGAUGAUGCUAAAUAUGUGAUUAAUGUAAAACAAAUUGCAAAGUUUGUGGUUGGCCUAGGGGAUAAAGUUUCUCCAACUGACAUUGAGGAAGGGAUGAGAGUGGGUGUUGAUCGGAACAAGUACCAGAUUCAAAUUCCUUUGCCACCCAAAAUUGACCCAAGUGUUACCAUGAUGACAGUUGAGGAAAAACCUGAUGUGACAUAUAAUGAUGUGGGUGGUUGCAAGGAACAGAUUGAAAAAAUGCGGGAGGUUGUUGAGCUUCCCAUGCUUCACCCAGAGAAGUUUGUCAAGCUUGGUAUUGAUCCUCCAAAGGGGGUCCUUUGCUAUGGCCCUCCUGGAACUGGCAAAACACUUCUUGCUAGAGCAGUGGCCAAUCGUACAGAUGCUUGUUUUAUCCGUGUAAUUGGCAGUGAGUUAGUUCAAAAAUAUGUUGGUGAAGGGGCACGGAUGGUCCGGGAAUUAUUUCAGAUGGCCCGCUCGAAGAAAGCAUGCAUUGUCUUCUUUGAUGAGGUUGAUGCUAUUGGAGGUGCUCGCUUCGAUGAUGGGGUUGGGGGUGAUAAUGAGGUUCAGCGUACCAUGUUGGAAAUUGUGAACCAACUCGAUGGGUUUGAUGCGAGGGGAAACAUCAAGGUUCUGAUGGCCACAAACAGGCCUGAUACCUUAGAUCCUGCACUUCUACGUCCUGGUCGUUUGGACAGGAAGGUAGAAUUUGGCUUACCUGACCUGGAGGGCCGUACCCAAAUAUUCAAGAUACAUACACGCACCAUGAACUGUGAGCGCGAUAUCCGUUUCGAGCUGCUGGCUCGCCUCUGCCCCAACUCAACUGGAGCUGAUAUAAGGAGUGUCUGCACAGAAGCUGGCAUGUAUGCGAUUCGCGCCCGACGGAAAACAGUGACUGAGAAGGACUUCCUUGAUGCUGUAAACAAGGUCAUCAAAGGGUAUCAGAAGUUCAGCGCGACUCCAAAAUACAUGGUGUAUAACUAAACCGUUGUUGCUCCCAUUUACUAUGGCCCAUGAGAUUGUCUCUGGCUGUCUGCAAAGAUUGUUGUUGUUUCUUCUCGGAAUUGUGCAUCUUUGUGGCGACCAUGUCAUCUUGUACAAGUUCUAUUAAAUUUUAUAAGUAGGGUUCCUUUUGACGGUUAAUGUGUCAACGACAACAAUGUGCAAAGAUUUCCACGACGGUUGUGGUCGGGUGGAACGGUGGAGAUGAAGAAUUGAAGGUGACUCCA